CCGGUUCAAUUUUCCCAAAAUCGCUUUUCGCACCCGCGCUUCUCCAGUGCGAACAAUAGCUGCUACCGAGUCGUCCUCUCCCCGGUCGCUCUCUCAGAAACCCUAGCCAUGGCGACGACCCCGCCCAUCUCCGCCGCGAACGAUGCCGCGGCGGCGCCAUCCACCACCAUCUCCCACGUCAUCUUCGACAUGGACGGGCUCCUCCUGGAUACGGAGCCGUUCUACACGGUGGUGCAGGAGAGGAUCCUGGAGAGGUUCGGGAAGGUGUUCGAUUGGUCGCUGAAGGCGAAGUUGAUGGGGAAGAAGGCGAUCGAGUCGGCGCGGAUCUUCGUGGAGGAGUGCGGGCUCGUGGGGAUGCUCACGCCCGAGGAGUUUUUGGAGGAGAGGGAGGGGAUGCUGCAGGAGCUCUUCCCCACCUGCUCCCUCUUGCCCGGAGUGGAACGAUUGGUAACUCAUCUUCAUAAAAAUGGGAUACCGAUGUGUGUUGCUACCGGAUCCUACAAACGGCAUUUUGAGCUUAAAACACAAAAUCACGGUAAAAUCUUUGCAAUGAUGCAUCAUGUCGUCAUGGGAGAUGAUCCAGAAGUAAAGAAAGGCAAGCCGUCUCCUGAUAUAUUUCUUGCCGCUUUAAAGAGAUUUGAGGAUAAUGUAGAUCCAAGUAAGGUCUUAGUUUUUGAGGAUGCUCCAUCAGGAGUAGCAGCAGCUAAAAAUGCAGGAAUGUUCGUGGUAAUGAUACCAGAUCCAAGGUUGGAUGCUUCUUACCAUAAAGACGCCGAUCAAGUGCUCAGUUCCCUUCUGGAUUUCAGACCAGGCGACUGGGGCUUGCCACCUUAUGAAGAUUAGAAUUGAAGACCUGUCUGCUUCGGGAACCUUGCUUCCUCUACUUGAGGCAAAACCCUAAUUUAAAUUCUUUUCGAGGCAAUUUUUUUUAACGGAAUAAGUGGUUCUCCUUAGUUUGCAGUUUUAUCUGAUAGAAAAUAUACUCUGUUUUCUGUUUAGAGAAGUAGAAAAAGUACAAGUAUUUAUUGUGCUGGAAUAUGUUUCUUGCUUGUUUCUGUACUCAUUCGAACAGUAGAUAGAAAUCGGCAGUUGAACGCA